UUUUAUUUUAAGUGGAGCCAAUAUUCCCGUCCCUGCGCACCUAUACCUCUCUGCCAUUGCAAAACCCUCAAACACAACAACGUACGCUGCGAAUUCUCUCUUCUUCCAUCAUCAUCCUACUCUCCAACCUUGUUCCAAAAACCUUCAUUGCUGAUCACUUCCCAUGGCACCUGUUGAUCCACAUUCAUUCACUGAUUCAACACACCCACUCACCACUCACAUCUCCCUCACUUUCUACUUCGACUUCCCAUCUUCCACAAUCUCUACUGCCACUCUUCUCACCCUACCCACCCCUUACACUGGACCCCUCAUUCUUGACACUCGUUCCCUCUCAAUCACCUCUGUUCUUGACCCACUUUCCCUUUCCCCACUACCUUUCACUCUUUCCCAACAAGACCCUAUUCUUGGACAAUCACUUACUGUUUCCCUUUCUAACCAUACCCAAAUCUUGAUUCUUUCAAAAACUAGCCCUUCUAGUUCUGCUCUUCAAUGGCUUUCCCCACCUCAAACAUUCAACAAAACUCACCCUUUUGUGUACACCCAAUGUCAGUCUAUUCAUGCCCGUUCUAUCUUUCCUUGUCAAGAUACACCCGCUGCGCGUGUCAAAUACGCUGCGAAACUGAACAUCCCGCGUGAGUUGUCGGGGGUUAUGUCUGCCAGACACGUGGAGAGGCGGCCCCCGGUGAUGUCUGAGGGGCAGGGGGUUUGUGAGGAUUCGGUGUGGUGUGGAGAUGAUAGGGUGGUUGAGGAGUUUGUGAUGGAACAGCCUAUACCUCCUUAUUUGUUUGCAUUUGCAGUUGGGGAGUUGGGGUUUAGAGAGGUGGGGCCUAGGACUAAGGUGUAUGGUGAAGCUGUUUCCGAGGUUUUGGAUGCUGCUGCUACAGAGUUUGCUGGUACGGAAGAGAUGAUUCAGGUCGGGGAGAAGCUUUUUGGACCUUAUGAUUGGGAAAGGUUUGAUCUUUUGGUGUUGCCACCGAGUUUCCCUUAUGGUGGAAUGGAGAAUCCGAGGAUGGUUUUCUUGACGCCAACUGUGAUCAAGGGGGACGCCAGUGGAGCGCAGGUGGUGGCUCAUGAACUUGCUCAUAGCUGGACAGGGAAUUUGAUCACAAACAAGAACAACGAUCACUUUUGGUUGAAUGAGGGUUUUACAACAUAUGCAGAGCGAAGAAUUGUUGAGGCUGUGCAAGGAGAGGACAUAGCUGCAUUAAAUAUUGGAAUUGGUUGGAGGGGACUUGUUGAGGAAAUGGAGAGAUUCAAAGACAACAUGGAGUUCACAAAGCUAAGGACAAAUCAGGCAGGCAUUGAUCCAGAUGAUGUGUAUUCUCAAGUUCCAUAUGAAAAAGGCUUCCAGUUUUUAUGGCGCAUUGAGAGACAGAUUGGAAGACCUGCUUUUGAUGACUUUCUGAAGAAGUAUAUUGCUACCUUCAAGUUUCAAUCUAUUGACACCGAUAUGUUUCUCGAUUUCCUUAAAGCUAAUGUCCCUGGAAUAGAAAACGAGAUCGAUUUGAAACUUUGGACCGAGGGCACAGGGAUUCCUCCAGAUGCCAUGGAACCAGUUUCUAACAUCUAUUCAAAGAUUGUUUCACUCGCCAAUGAGUUCAAGCUAGGUAGGAUGCCAAGGGAGGAUGAAGUUGCUGACUGGAAGGGACAGGAAUGGGAGCUUUACCUUGAGAACCUGCCUAAAUCUGUCGAAGCAACUCAGGUCACAGCUUUAGAUGCUCGCUACCAUCUCUCAGAAUCAAAAGACUAUGAAGUGCGAGUAGGUUUUCUUCAGCUUGCCAUUUCAGCAAGGUGCCGAGACUACUAUGGUGUGGUAGAGAAAACUCUGAAAGAAGUUGGUAGGAUGAAGUACCUUCGUCCACUCUAUACUACACUUGUACAAGGUGCCGGGAAGGAAGAAGAAAAAGUUUUUGCUAGAAGGGUAUUCACCGAGGCUUGUGAUUGUUAUCACCCUAUAGCUCAAGGUGUUGCUGAGGCUAUCCUUGCAAAGCAUGCCUGAAGUUUGUAACUUGCUAAUGUAACCCGAAGAAGCCUGACAUACAAGUCACUGUUGUCUAAAUCUGGUUGACUCUGUUGGUGCUUUCUCAAUACAACAGUGGCUUUUUGUUUUUGCAAAUCGCUGCUGUUAUUGAAUAGGUAUUAGCAGAGGAACCGGAGUUAUUCCUAUAGAAGUUUAAUGAGUUGGUUUUUAUGUUUA